AUGAGCUUUAAUCGGAAAAGAGUAGCUCUGGCUUGCUCGUUUUGCCGUCACCGGAAACGCCGCUGCGAUGCUGGAAAGCCAAGAUGCAGGAAUUGUCUGGAGGCCGAGGUGGAGUGUCACUAUGAUGAGAUGCCCUCCCAGAGGAUUGAUACAUCUGGAGGCACGAGAGAGAUCCUGCAUAAACUUCGACACAUUGAGUCCGCACUAGACCUCCACACCCGUGCCGUGGACGCCCUAUCAUCCGAACUUCAACUUCGAGCCGCUCAAGAAGAUGUUCAAGGCACUUCGCCAAACAGCCACACCUCCUCCGUACCUGGGGUCGGCAACCGCCUCAAUGUUCCACUUACGCCAUGGCCCUCCCAGGCCUGCGACCGACAGCCAGACGUCUCCGCACUACCUCCCCUUGAGAUCCCACACAAACACAAGACUUCGUCUAGCUACCUUCUGGGCCUUCCAGCCAUGAAAGCCCUUGUGGGUGACUACCCAAAUGACCUAUUCUUCCUCCUCGAAUCGAAGAAUCCGCUCCCACCCCAAUUGUCCUUCGAAUCUCUUCCUUCUCCAGCGCCACCGAUCCGCGUUGAUCGGGAAACCGCCGACUGCCUCGUCGACAGCUUCUUCGCCACGGCACACGCCAACCACCCGGUUCUAGACGAGGAGUCAUUCCGCAGGAUAUAUCUCGCAUUCCUUGAUCGUGGUGUAGAUUCGAGCGUCGAGUCUGCCAUGUGCCUCUCCGUCCUCGCCGUCGGCGCAGCUUCGAUGGUGUCACCUGAGACGAGGGACUUCUCUGCGUCGCCUCCCGGAAUGGAAUUCAUGCAGCAUGCCAUGCCGACAUUGCUAUCGCUAUCGUCUUGUUUUGAUGCCCGUAAUGAAAGCGCCGAAUCCCGUGAAAGCACCCUCCGGUUAGUCUGGUCCUCAUUUCUCGUCGAAUGCGACCGUCUCGCCGAGCUCGAACUUCCUCGGAGCGGCUUGCAACAGCUGAUCGACGAGACGCCAUUGCCCUCCUGCAGUAACCUCGGCGGGAUGAUACACACCUGCUUCUUGGCCGAAACUUCCAUCCGCCGGCUCCUAAAUCGUAUCCAUAAUUCCCUCUACCCUAGCCGAAAGAGGUACGACCUAACUCUGUCAUCCACAUCCCUGAUGGCGCCCGAAGAGUUUUCGACUCAAGAGAUAUCUUCCAUGAUGGGCGUAUGUGACGAGCUCCAAAGGCAGCUCAAUUUGUGGUACGCGUCCAUACCAGAGGCCUAUCGACCCUCCUUGGUCGUGGGUCCGGCAGCGAAUGAUCGUGAGGCGGUUUUGAGGAUUCGUUACUUUGCUGCGCGGCACAUCAUCUAUCGUCCAUUUGUGCUGAAUAUUUCCAUGAAUCCCGGGCCGCAUCCGGAGUCAAUCAUAGAAAAGGCGGCGCUGAGUAUCGAAAGCUGUCGGUUGUAUCUGCAGCAUGCAACGGUUGUCCUCAAAAAACCAAGCCCGUACACGUGGACGUUUUCUCUGUCGUAA